GUCGUAAUUAAAAUCAGCUGGCAGGUGUUUCUCGUGCUGUUGAAGUGUUUUGGCGCCGGCGGGAUGCACAAAGGCCUGAAGAAGUACUUUGUCAACAUGGACGACUACCUGGCCAGCCUGGGCCUCUAUCGCAAGAUGGUGGCGAGGGACGCGUCCAGCCUCUUCCGAGCCGUGUCAGAGCAGCUAUAUUACUCGCAGAACUACCAUCACAUGAUCCGCCAGGACUGUGCUAACUUUAUGAGAGCUAACACCAGCGUCUUUGAGCCGUUCGUCGAAGGCUCGUUUGAGAAAUACCUGGAACGUUUAGAGGACCCCAAGGAGACUGUGGGUCAGGUGGAGAUCAAGGCCCUCUCUCAGCUCUACAGACGCUGCUUCCUGAUCUAUCGUUAUCCUGGGAAACCCGCCACGGUCAUUUCGGAAGACGACUUUGUAGACAAGCUGAUGCUGUGCUGCUCCAUCAAUGGCCACUAUGACAUCAUCUACGCCAGGACUUACCCCGCCUCCGCCGCCCUCUGCCAGGCUGUUUUGUAUGAGCUACUCUACACCAAAGUGUUUGGUUGCGAGGAGGCGGAGCUCUGUCAGGCCAUGGAGGUCUUCAAGGUCGGCGGUCGCCGUUAUAGAAACAGUCCCUCCAUGUGCAGCGACAUCGAUAUCGGAUACGACAUUCCUGAAGACCGAGGCUACAGGGAGGAGGCGGAGUCAAGUGGCGCCGCAGAGGAGAAGCAGCGAGCUUUGACAGAAAGCGGCAAGCCGCCAUCGGAAGCCCCGCCCCCCUGUAGACUGUCUCUGCCUUACAAAGUAAUGAAGUCGCUCGAUGGCGACGUUUACAGAAAUGUGGAGUUUGACGUCUGGCAGGACACGUGCAAAGAGAUGCAGAAGACGGACUACAUGGUGUUCGCGGGCAGGCAGUACUUCCUGGGAGACAAGUGUCAGGUGCGUCUGGAGCCGAAGGGAAAGUACUUCAACGCUUUUAUCCAGGAAGUCGGAACACACUCGACCGCUGUCACAGUCUUCAUCGAAGAGCUGGGAGAAAAACACCUGGUUCCUCUGACCGACCUCAAACCAGUCAACCCAGUUCCUGCCUGGAACGUCGCCACACCGUCUCGGAAAGGAGACCUCGAUUCCGACGUUCGCGGUCAACGGCAUCAACGCCAUCGCUACUUCAGGAAGUCUCGCGGCAGCAAUGGUAUAAAAGGGGCGGAGCUUUUGAUACCGCCUCCAGCAUACGGAGGCCCGGCUCCAUCGUCGCUACCCCCCCGCUUCCAGCCGGCGGGUCACCCUCGUCCUCCACCACCUCCUGCUGGAGCCAUACCCUAUGACCCCUAUGGUCCCCCGCACCACCACCACCACCACCACCCCCCUGCCGCACGCCCGCCACGUUAUGGUGCAUCCAGAAGCUCCACCCGUUUCCUGAACCGACACCUAAUUGGUCCCCAACUGACAUACUACCCCCCCACCGGGAGGCGUUACUAUGACUACGAGAGCUACGCCUUCAGGUCUCGUCGUAGUCGGCGGCAGAUGGCGGUGGCGCUUAACAAAGAGUGUCAGUUUGCCUUCUCCGACGCCGCAGAAGAAUCAGCUGACCUGGAUGGCACCAUCACGUAUUACCAGCUGGACGAGGCGAACGAGGCCGCUUUUCCGCCGCUGACGGCUCCGUCGGUGGGUCAAUCCCCUGCCAUGGGAGCCCCGCCCCCUCCGGUCGGCUCCUCCUUCAGGGUCCAGAGAGGCUCGGGGACACUGCCCCUCGCCCCACCAGCAGGACACGCCAUAGCGUGUUCCUCAGAGGAGGAGCAAGAGGAUGCCAGCACCGUGGAGGACCAGGAUCCCGCCUACCUGACAGCCAGCGUCUAUGCCCCCGCUGAGCCUGCCACUAGCCAGGACCAGCAGGAAGUGGGGGUGGCGAACUCUCCCCCGAGAGCUGACAUGAGCUACAGCUACACGCAGCAGGUGGUGAAACCAUUAGGAGUCAUCUCUUCUUCACCUUCAUCCUCCUCUUCCUCAUCCCCCUCUUCGCCUUCAUCACGUGCACCAGCUGCCAGUCACCUGCCUGUGGCGCCGCACGCUCCACCUCGCUCAGUUGCCAUAGCGAUCCCAGCUGCCUCCCCCUGGUUGGUUAACGAGUUGGGGGAGACAUUGUGCACGGUGGUGACUCCGCCUCCUUACUCCUAUGACCCCAAUGGCAACGACUUACCCAGAGACUACAGAGUACUCCAGUACUACUUCAACCUCGGAGUGCAGUGGUACCAUCAGAGCUGCUGGCAGCAACAGCAGGCGUACACCCCCUCGUCCCCGGACGCCACCUACCCCUACCAGCACUGCCCACCCUACAUGAGUCAGGAGCCCCCCAUGCAUGCUGCCCCCCACACCUAUCCCGAGGUGGGACGAGGACCGCACCAGCCGUCGCCCGCCUACCCGGAUUCCAACAGGGCCGUUGAUGGACAGCCAGACACACACGGCGGUGGCCCCGCCCCUUCAAUGGAAGGCUCUUCUCUCAAUGGUCUGCCUUCAGGCCCCGUCUCAUCCUCUGCUGUCUUGUACCAGGAUCAAACGGCACUCCUGCAUCUGCCGUACGAGGCUCCACCCCCUGCCACCUACCUGUCUUCCGCCCCACCUCUUCUCCCUCACACCGCCCACAUCACUCACCACACUCCCUACCACCCCUGUCUGCUCCCCUCCGCCCACUGGGGGGCGCUCCAGACAGGCGGCCAUGGCCCACGGGUCUACUGCCCCGCCACUAACCCCGCACAUGUGGUCGUCACGGCGGCGCCGCCCCCCCACCACCCAAGCCCUCAUUACAUCCCCCCAGCCGUCUAACAUACACACUUAUUGGCAUGACUGUGUCACAUUGCUUUGCAAGGUUAACGUGUCAGGGUUGCCAUGGUAGCCUGACGAGGGUGUCUUUUGAGUUUGAGCCAGCCAGAGACUGAGAGGGGCAUGGCCAGUCCCUGUUUAUUGUUAAAGGGAUGUUUUUGUGUUACGUUAACACGGUGUUUGUGUGUUGUUGUUGUUGCAGGGUCAAUAAAGUUUGUCACCAGCAAAAAGUCUCCUUU